AUGGCGCACUGGAUGAACUGUCUCUUUCUGUUUUAUCUGACAUGCCAUUUGCCCCAUGCUCGGACAGAGUACUGUCACGGCUGGUUGGACAGUAUUGGGAACUACCAUGACGGGUUUCAGUGUCCGGAGCACUUGGACACGGCUGAUGCUGGGGUUUGUUGCGGGAGCUGCGCGCUGCGUUACUGCUGCGCCGCCACUGAUGCGCGUCUGGACCAGAGCAGCUGCACCAACCACCGGGACACUGAGCACCCCCAGUACACACCCCAACCCAUCUACAUGCCUUUCCUGAUGGUUGGUUCCAUAUUUGUGGCAUUUGUGGUCGUGGGCUCGUUGGUGGCCGUGUACUGCUGUACAUGCCUGCGGCCCAAACAGCCGACGCAGCAGCCCAUUCGCUUUUCACUGCGCAGCUGCCAGGGUGAGACCAUCCCCAUGAUCCUGACUGCAGGGGCAGCACCCACCACUCUGCGUGCACCGUCACGCCAGUCCAGCACAGUUACCACCAGCUCCAGCAGUGCCGGUGGAGGGAGCUCACUCCGCCGCUUCUCUUUGGGCAGAAGUGACACUUUGGGACUUCAGCAGCCCUCGCAGCAGCUCCUGUUAACCUCAUCCUCAUCAGUUUCUGCCCCAGCUCAGCCUUUACUUCCUCCCCCACCUCCGCCAUAUACAACUCAAUUAUCACACAUGCACACACACCAACACCAACACCAGCACCAACUUGGACACCCUCAGCUUCAUCAGAGCCAGUAUGCCACACAGACCUCCAGCCUCCUCCUGUCCCAGCAGUACUUCUUCCCUCUGCAACCAGAGCCAUUCAGCUCCAGCAAGGGUUUCGCUGAUUUUAGCCAGAGCUGAUCUGCAGCAUAGGAAUGUGGAGAGGCUGUAAGAGGCUGUGGAGUGGACACUAGACAAUGCUGCUGUAAGAAAC